UCUUUCGGCCUUUGAACAACUUUUCAGAAGAAUCUUUCGCCGGGUUUCCCCGCCGAGCUUGAGCUGCGAUCGGCAGGUUUUUCACUUUCCGGCUUCUUCUCCGUCGAAUUCAGCCAUUGCCUUGAGGUUCUCCUCCCUCUGGAUGAUUCUCUCUUCUCUGGUCUCCUCGUCGCGGUUGCUGGCCCCCGCGAUUCCGGUGGUGACACUGCGUCAUAGAACUCCAUUUCCCCUCCGCUCCUCACUUAAUUUUCCUGGCCAAUCUAAAAUCAGGAAUGUUGUUAAAAUGUCUUCCACUGGCGUCACAAGCUCUACAACAACACCCAAGUCCUUUGCAAUUAAGCCUCCCAUGCAUCCCACUUAUGACUUGAAGAACAUAAUCAAGUUAGCACUUGCAGAGGAUGCUGGUGAUAAAGGUGACGUGACAUGCUUGGCCACCAUUCCUUAUAACAUGGAAGUUGACGCUUAUUUUUUGGCGAAGGAAGAUGGCAUUAUUGCCGGGAUUGCACUAGCAGAGAUGAUAUUUCAUGAGGUUGAUCCAUCUUUAAGGGUGGAAUGGUCUCAAAACGAUGGAGAUUAUAUCCAUAAAGGGCUUCAGUUUGGAAAAGUUCAUGGAAGGGCGCACAACAUUGUAGUAGCUGAAAGGGUAGUGCUAAACUUUAUGCAGAGGAUGAGUGGCGUUGCAACUUUAACUAAGAAAAUGGCAGAUGCAGCUUACCCAGCAUAUAUCUUGGAGACCAGAAAAACUGCUCCAGGUUUACGACUAUUGGAUAAGUGGGCGGUAUUGAUUGGUGGUGGGCGUAAUCAUAGGAUGGGUUUGUUUGAUAUGAUAAUGAUAAAAGAUAAUCACAUAUCUAUAGCUGGAGGUGUGACUAAUGCUCUUAGAGCUGCUGACCUGUAUUUAAAGGAAAGGGACCUUCAAAUGCCAGUAGAGGUUGAAACCAGGACACUUGAGGAGGUGAAAGAAGCAUUGCAUUAUGCAUCCCAAACAAAGACCUCUCUGAGCCGAAUUAUGUUGGAUAAUAUGGUUGUCCCUCUAGCAAAUGGGGAUGUUGACAUAUCUAUGCUUAAAGAAGCUGUACAGCUCGUCGAUGGGAGAUUUGAGACUGAGGCAUCUGGCAAUGUUACUCUUGAUACGGUUCAUAAAAUUGGGCAGUCAGGAGUAACCUACAUUUCCAGUGGUUCACUGACGCAUUCUGUGAAAGCACUUGACAUCUCACUCAAAAUUGAUACUGAGCUGGCACUUAAAGUUGGAAGGCGCACCGGAAGAGCCUAGUUGUGCGCUAAAUAGCAGAUUCUCUUUAAUAAAUAACGUAUGUUUCUAUCCUCUUGAUGCAAUAAAUUGUUGCCAAUUCUCGCUUUUCGGCCUUCAAAUCAUGUGGCUUCUUUUUGCCGAUGGUGUCUAAAUUUCAGCGUUAUCUGUAACCUGAAUAUAAUGUCUGUAUGCUGGUCAGAUCAGCAUCAAAGAUAUAUCACAUGGCUGCUGGAAAUUUCAUCUGAGUCGUCAGGAAAACCUUGAAACCCUUUUUUUUCCUUCCAUUUUUAGUAAUUAGCACAUAUAGGAUGAAGUACGGUUUUCCCAUUUUAUGGCUGGACCCUGGAGGGUUGGCAAUCGAAGUAAACUGUUUUUUUCCCUGAGGGG